CUGUCACCAAAAUCUCAAAUGUGGGUUGGCGCCUUCAAGGGAUGUUCAGUAUCCAGGGAGAAUUACAUAUAGAGGAAUAUAUAUGAAGUAGAAUGCCAGUUUAAAAUGUUACAUUUAUAUAGCUUUGUUAUGUUAUGGUUAUAAAUUGCAUAAUACUAGGACACUGUGUAUUGUGUUUUGAAACUGUCCAUGCAUUUCGUUUAAUAUGUAUCACAUGGUGUUUCGCUAAAUACAUAUUUGAACCAUAGUUCUAGUUACCUAAUUAUAAAUGACACAUAUACUGUAGGAGUUAAUCUUUGUUUUGCCUUUUCAAUGAAAUUCUGCCUGUGCUAUGGCAUAUUGUCAGUGAUCAUUGUCUUUAUUAUCUGUGUAUGUUAUGGGUUUGGUGUGUAUUUAAAAAUAUACUAAGAUACAUAACAGAGAUCAAGCAGGUGAUCACGGCCAACAGCAGUGAAUUGCUAAAUUCUUGGGAGCCCAAGGAAGCCAGAAAAACAAAAAGUGUAAUUAUUUGCUUACUUUGAUGUCCAAAGAGUAUGUUUACAUCAAUUAAAUACUCAUUUAUAGGAGUAGUAUGUUACCUAAAACUGCUGGGUGAUGCUAUCAUUCUGAUGUGUUUGUUAUCUUUUAGGAAUAUUUUGUCUUCGUCUUAUCCAGAGCACCAGAAGAAGGGAUUUUUAAGUUGUGCUUUGCACAUACGGCUGCUCGAGCUUAAAUCGGCCAUCAAGUAUGUCUCCCAGGUUGUGGUGGAGGUGAGCUCACGCUGGAGGUGUCCGGUGGGAAGCACAAUGGUAUGACAUCUUGGUCCAUGGUGGAGAAGCCGAAUAUGGAGAAACGGUCCUCCGGGGCAGAAGCAUGCCCACCAAAGGAGGCCCUGGAUGGCAGCGGGGAUUCGGAGGAGGGUUCCAGCUCCGAAAGCGAGGCGGACCAGGUGAGAGGCAGCAGCCAGAAGAAGGAGACCUUAAUGUCUACCAAACCCCACCGGCAGCUCUGCCGCUCGCCAUGCUUAGAUCGGCCCAGUUUUUCCCAGAGCAGCAUCUUGCAGGACCUUUGCAGCGAUGACUCCAGGCUCAACACCAGCAAGCCCAGCACUGACAAGGGCUACCAGGCCAAGAUGGACUUUGCCCUGAAGCUCGGCUACUCUGGAGAACAGGUGGAAGCAGUGCUGAGCAAAUUGGGGGCCAGCGCCCUGAUUAAUGACAUCCUAGCAGAGUUGGUGAGACUUGGCAACAAGGGUGACAUGGAGACUCAGGCCAGCAGCUGCACAAGCACCUGCAGCAGCAGCAGCAGCAACGCUGGGGCGCUGACACCUCGCAGCACCUGCCCAAAGGAGAUCACCAGCCCUGAAGUAUCAUUAGAAGAUGACUCCGUGGACAAUGUAGACAACCUUCGGCCCAUUGUCAUAGAUGGCUCGAAUGUGGCGAUGAGCCAUGGAAACAAAGAGGUGUUCUCUUGCCGUGGCAUCCAGUUGGCAGUGGAUUGGUUUUUGGAGAAAGGGCACAGUGACAUCACAGUGUUUGUUCCAGCUUGGAGAAAAGAGCAGUCCAGACCUGAUGCCCCUAUAACUGAUCAAGAAAUCUUGAGAAAACUUGAGAAGGAGAAGAUCCUAGUGUUCACACCAUCAAGGAGGGUCCAGGGAAGGAGGGUGGUCUGCUAUGAUGAUCGGUUCAUAGUCAAGCUGGCAUAUGACUCAGACGGCAUCAUCGUUUCCAAUGACAACUACCGGGACCUUCAGAACGAGAAACCGGAGUGGAAGAAAUUCAUAGAAGAACGUCUCCUCAUGUAUUCUUUCGUAAAUGACAAGUUCAUGCCACCAGAUGACCCUUUGGGGAGGCACGGUCCCAGUCUGGAGAACUUUCUUAGGAAACGGCCUGUCAUCCCAGAGCACAAAAAGCAACCGUGCCCAUAUGGAAAGAAAUGUACUUACGGGCACAAAUGCAAGUACUACCACCCCGAACGGGCGAACCAGCCGCAGAGAUCGGUGGCGGAUGAGCUCCGUGCGUUCGCCAAGUUGACGGCGGUGAAAACGAUGAGCGAAGGCGCCCUGGUGAAGUGCGGGGCCGGUCCCGGGGCCUCAAAAGCCGAGAGCGGCUCGGAAGCCAAGCGCGUGGCCCCGAAGCGGCAGUCGGACCCCAGCAUCCGUUCUGUGGCUUGCGAGCUGGAGGAGAGGCUCUCCGUCGCCCGGAAGUCCGAGGCCAACUCUGUGCCUUCCCUCGUCUCGGCCCUUAGCGUGCCAACCAUGCAGCCCGCAAAAAGCCAUGCGGCCGGCGCCUUGAACACGCGCUCGGCCAGCAGCCCCGUGCCCGGCUCCUCGCAGUUCUCCGGCAGCUCGCUGGAACACAUGUCCAGCGUGCAAUACCCGCCCAUCCUGGUCACCAACAGCCACGGGGCCUCGGUUAGUUACAGCGAGCCCUUUCCCAAGUAUGACUCGGUGGGCGAUCACGGCUACUACUCCAUGAUGAGCGACUUCUCCAGUAUGAGUUUGGGCAGCAUGCACAACACCGACAGUUUCUACAGCAUGGAGCACGAUAUGGGCAUGUACCCGAAAAACCACUCCAACUGUGAGUCGUUCUCCUCCUACGGCGAGCCAUACAUGGGCUCGGUCGAUGGUGGCAUGGAGGAGAGCGUGAAGGGCCACCCGUCCUCGUCCCAGAACCGACUGCAACCCUUCGCUCAUGGAUACAGCCACGAGGCCUUGACCAGGGUGCAGAGCUAUGGGCAAGAGGAACCUAAGCAGCCGCCCCGGAAGCAGUCCCACCUGGUCCCUCACGCGCAGCAUGCUGUGGUAGGUGCCCGCUCCAGCUGCCCUGGGGACUACCCCGUACCUCAGAACCUCCACCCCUCGUCAUCCUCUCAGGCCGGGCGCUCCCUGGGCAUGACCCGCAUGGACAGCAUCUCCGACUCUCGCUUGUACGAGAGCAACCCCAUGAGACUUAGGAGGCCACCUCUGUGCCGGGAGCAGCACGCCAGCUGGGACCCCUUACCCUGCGGGUCUGAAUCCUGUGCAUACCAGCCGUACCCACUGAGCAAUAGCCUGAUGCAGCCGUGCUGUGAACGGGUGAUGGUGCGUAGCAUGCCCGAUAGGAUGGAGCAGAUCUGGCGUUCCCCUUGGGAGGGGCUGCCGACCGAGCACCCGGAGAGGCAGGUCAUCCCCGACCAUCAGUACCAGACUUACCGCAACCUCUGCAACAUCUUCCCUGCCUACAUCGUUCACUCUGUCAUGGAGAAAAAUCCCCACCUAACUGACCCGCAGGAGCUCGCUGCUGUUAUAGUUAGCCAUCUGAGGUCAGAACGCUAGCCCCUUCAGUUAUGGGAAGGGUUGGGGGGCUAUAAUAUAUA